CAAUCACAGUCUGUCGGUCUCCUUUGCGACCAAGCAGCAGACCUUGCCUGACAUUUAAGCCUUUCGCCCAGUUCGUUUAGGAAAACUCCGCCCCGAUUCAUCAUGCCUGCCAACUUCAGCGGCAAGUGGGUCUCUUGCGCAUCCGAGGGCUGGGACAAGCUCUUGGGCAAGUUCGGCGUGCCCCUGGACAAGUUCCCGACCGACAUACAGGUGACAGAAGAAAUCAACCAGAGUGGGGACACCAUCAACAUCAAGGCCACUAACAACAAGGACGACAAGGUCAAACAAACCACCAUCAACGUGGGCCAAAACUUCAAGGACACAAUCGCGGGCGUCAAGGAGCUGGAGUUUACCACGGCAUGGCAGGGCGACAAGCUGGUAUUGACGAAAAUCGACAACAAGGGCUCUGUGACCCGUGAAUUGAGCGGGGAUAACAUGAUUGUCUGCCUUAACCACGAGGAAGUGGUCGCCAAAUCUACCUUCAAGAAAGCGUAGACAUUCACCUGCAGAUCCAAGUCCGGGGAAAAGAGGGCGAGUACACUUAUUUCCAGAAUAUCCCGACCUCAUAAAAACAGGUGGACCGGGAUAUCCACAGCAUUUUAGCGCAUCUCAUACAUGGCAGCCACCUGCAAACAGCGAGUUGAUGCUCCUCAAUCAGCAGAUAUUGAACCGUUCAAAUUGAACUGAAAUCUUUUGCCCGGCAAGCAAAGAUCU